AUGGGUCGAAAAGCCAGAUAUCUUACCUUGGCAGAGAAAACUGCUGCAUUGCACAGACAGAAGGUGAACCAUGCACAGUCUGAGAGGGGGAAAGCUACUCGUCGACUUCGACGUUCUCAAAACUAUGCUAAAGCACACAGCCACAAAGGCUCAUCUAAGCCACCCCUAAUAUCAUCCCAGCUUCCACCUUUACCUCGAAGUCUUAUCAAUCUAGCAGUCACCUCCCUUCCAGAUGGCGAGCUAUUUCAUCUCACUUCCCAAAGUGCUGACAAUCUGGACGAAUCAGAGCUCCCACAGUGGGACAAUAAUCCUCCAUACACCAUGCCUCCUCCAUCCGAUACCCGAGCAGAGGUUCGUUUCACGGAAAACCUUGUACAGGUCAUGCAUGGCCGUAACUCACACUUGGAGAAGGAAGAACUACAACAAUGUGUACAGAAGUACACCGCAGGAGUGCUAAAUCUUUGUACAGAGAUGAAAGAUGCUAUUGGCGUGCUGCUAGGACAGUGGUACAUAUUACAAGAUUACAUCUCUGGUACGAAGGACUGUGAUAGACACUUCAGGAUGGCCCAAUGCCUCUUACAAUGGCGUGCGCGCAGGAUUUAUCUCUAUCACACCGAGGUUCAGAAGAUGUUGAGCAGACUCAAUCCAUACAUUUAG